ACCUUGUUACCUUGUUACUCUGUUACCUUGCUACUCUGUUACCUUGUUACCUUGUUACUCUGUUACCUUGUUACCUUGUUACUCUGUUACCUUGUCACCUUGUUACUGUUACCUUGUUACCUUGUUACUCUAUUACCUUGUUACUCUGUUACCUUGUUACUCUGUUACCUUGUUACUCUGUUACCUUGUUACUCUGUUACCUCGUUUUACCUUAUUACUCUGUUACCUUGUUACUCUGUUACCUUGUUACUCUGUUGCCUUGUUACCUUGUUACUCUGUUACCUUGUUACCUGGUUACUCUGUUCCCUUGAUACUCUGUUACCUUGUUACCUUAUUACCUUGUUACUCUGUUACCUUGUUACCUUGUUACUCUGUUACUCUGUUACCUGGUUUCCCUGUUACCUUGUGACCUUGUUACUCUGUUACCUUGUUUCCUUGUUACCCUGUUACCUUGUUACCCUGUUACCUUGUUACUCUGUUACCUUGUUACCCUGUUACCUUGUUUCCCUGUUACCUUGUUACCUAGUUACUCUGUUACCUAGUUACUCUGUUACCUUGUUACUCUGUUACUUUGUUACCUUGUUACCCUGUUACUCUGUCACCUUGUUACUCUGUUACUUUGUUACCUUGUUACCUUGUUACCCUGUUACCUUGUUACCCUGUUACCUUGUUACUCUGUUACCUUGUUACCCUGUUACCUUGUUUCCCUGUUACCUUGUUACCUUGUUACUCUGUUACCUUGUUACUCUGUUAUCUUGUUACUCCGUUACCUUGUUACUUUGUUACCUUGUUACUCUGUUACCUUGUUACUCUGUUACCUUGUUACUCUGUUCCCUUGUUACUCUGUUACUUUGUUACCUUGUUACCCUGUUACUCUGUUACCUUGUUAGUCUGUUACCUUGUUAACUUGUUACUCUGUUACCUUGUUACUCUGUUACCUUGUUACCCUGUUACCUUGUUACUCUGUUACCUUAUUACUCUGUUACUCUGUUACCUUAUUACUCUGUUACCUUGUUACCUUUUUACUCUGUUACCUUGUUACCUUUUUACUCUGUUACCUUGUUACUCUGUUACCUUGUUACUUUGUUAUUCUGUUACCUGGUUACCUUGUUGCACUGUUACCUUGUUACUCUGUUACCCUGUUACUUUGUUACCUUGUUAGGUUGUUACUCUGUUACAAUUUUACCCUGUUACCUUCUUACUCUGUUACCUUGUUACCUUCUUACUCUGUUACCUUGUUACCGUGUUACUCUGUUACCUUGUUACCUCGCUACUUUGUUAGUCUGGUACCUUGUUACUCUGUUCCCUUGUUACCUUGUUACUCUGUUACCUUGUUAUUUUGUUACUCUGUUACCCUGUUACCUUGUUACUCUGUCAUCUUGUUAUUUUGUUACUCUGUUACCUUGUUACUGUGUUACCUUGUUACUCUGUUACCCUGUUACCUUGUUAUCUUGUUACUCUGUUACCUUGUUACCUUGUUACUCUGUUACCUUGUUACUUUGUUUCUCUGUUACCUUGUUACCUUUUUAACUUUAUUACUCUGUUACCUUGUUACCCUGUUACCUUGUUACUCUGUUACCUUAUUACCUUGCUACUCUGUUACCUUGUUACCGUGUUACUCUGUUACCUUGUUCCCUUGUUACUUUGUUAUUCUGUUAGUCUGUUACCUUGUUACUCUGUUUCCUUGUUACCUUCGUUUUACCUCGUUAGUCUGUUACCUUGUUGCUUCGUUAGCUUGUUACUCUGUUACCUAUUACCUGAAGAUAUCUAGG